CAGCUUUAAACCCAUAUAGCUAGGUUGUGGAAAUCAGAAAGGCACAUAAACCUUUUUCUGUCACUUUGAAAAUGAUACUAUAGGCUAAACAAUGGCGCACACCUGAAACGAUGUCUUGUAUGUGGACUGGGUUGAAUUUGUCCUCCUCCAUUGUAUUAUCACAAUCCCAGUCUCCCACGUUUGUAAUUACCCAGCACAGGAACCAGGAAGAGAAGUUUGAAUGCAACACGCGUCCUAUUUUUUGUUUGGGCAACAAUUCUGAUGCGAGUUUUAUAAUGAGGAUUAUCUUUAAGUGAUCGGCAAUGUCUGAUAAGGGUCCUGUAUUAACGUCAGGUAUCAUUUUUUACCUAUCGAUCGGGGCAGCAAUAUUUCAAAUACUUGAAGAACCCAAUUGGAAAUUGGCCAAAUCCGAAUAUUCCCGUCAGAAGGAAAACAUUCUUAAAACAUAUCCGUGCUUGACUAAAGAAGAUCUGAACUAUAUUUUGGGGGUGGUGUCAGACGCUGCUGGACAAGGUGUGACCAUCACUGGAGAGAAUACCUACAACAACUGGGACUGGACCAAUUCAGUUGUCUUUGCUGCCACUAUUGUCACUACCAUAGGUUAUGGUAAUGUUGCCCCAAAGACGGCUGGCGGCCGUAUAUUCUGCAUCCUGUAUGGCCUGUGUGGGAUCCCUCUCUGCCUCACCUGGAUUAGUGAGCUGGGCUCGUUCUUCGGAGACAGAGCCAAGCGCCUGGGACAGGUCCUGGUACUCAAAGGCCUUAGUGUGAAAAAGGUCCAGUUGAUCUGCACGGCCAUCUUCCUCCUGUGGGGUCUGCUGGUACACCUGGUGAUCCCCCCGUUUGUGUUCAUGUCCCUGGAGGGAUGGUCGUACCUGGAGGGCUUCUACUUCUCCUUCAUCACCCUCACCACUGUCGGCUUCGGGGACUACGUCGCAGGUAUCAAUCCAAACAUAGACUACCCAAGGCUGUACCGGGUGUUUGCAGAGGUGUGGAUCUACAUGGGUCUGGCCUGGCUGUCUCUUUUCUUCAGCUGGAACGUCCACAUGGUGGUGUCGGCUCACAAGGUCCUGAAGAAGAGAAGGCAGAAACACAGGAUGGACCACCUGGACCAUCGAUGGCAGCUUGAGAAGGACGACAUCCGCAGCCCUCGCCGCCUCCCCACCGCCGUCGACAUCUUCAACUUCCUGUCUGAGAAGCAUGAGGACUACAGCACCGCCAUCAGGCAGAUUGGCGCUGCCGCGAAGCCGAAGCCGAAGAUGGAAUUCAAGGAGUUGAGUCGUUCAAAGAGCUGUAGUGACAUCCUGGGGACGAAUAUCCAAACCCUGGAGCAUUCCCCACGCCGCCUGAGGCGCCACCUCAGCAUCAGUCACAAUAUAUUACUAAGCAGCUUUGGGAUGGGAGAGGAGGGGCAGAGGCUUAUCGAGGAUGACCCUGUCUUUAUGAAAGACCCUGGGUUUGAGGAGAACUGUCUGGAUAGGGACACUAGAGCGAAGGCUGUUUAUGUGUCCAACUCAAAAGAGAACCUAAACCCCGCCGAUCUAGGUCCUAACAUCAACAAAGAGGAGAAUGUUCAGAAUCAAGAUGGUGGAGAGAAUAGGUUUACUGUAUCAAAGGUAGUGGAGGGGGAUUCGGGAGAGGAGAAUGAUGAGAAAGGCUGAAGCCUUGGAUCCAUCCUCUUCAUGGAGAACUGAAUGAUGUAAUCAAAAGGGGACUAUCGCUCUCUCCUAGAAGUGUGGUUGGUGCAUAAAACUUGUGAAUUCAGAUAAAUAAAAGGUAUGAUGGGUCUGUGAUGGGUCCGCGGAUCAUCACAACUUUUUAUUUAUUGUACCCAUCACACCUUUUUAUUUAUCACCCCAUCACACCUUUUAAUUUAUCACCCCAUCACACCUUUUAAUAUCACCCCAUCACACCUUUUUAUUUAUCACCCCAUCACACCUUUUUAUUUAUCACCCCAUCACACCUUUUAAUAUCACCCCAUCACACCUUUUUAUUUAUCACCCCAUCACACCUUUUUAUUUAUCACCCCAUCACACCUUUUAAUAUCACCCCAUCACACCUUUUUAUUUAUCACCCCAUCACACCUUUUAAUAUCACCCCAUCACACCUUUUAAUAUCACCCCAUCACACCUUUUUAUUUAUCACCCCAUCACACCUUUUAAUUUAUCACCCCAUCACACCUUUUAAUUUAUCACCCCAUCACACCUUUUAAUAUCACCCCAGCUCACCUUUUAAUAUCACCCCAUCACACCUUUUAAUAUCACCCCAUCACACCUUUUAAUAUCACCCCAUCACACCUUUUAAUUUAUCACCCCCAUCACACCUUUUAAUAUCACCCCAUCACACCUUUUAAUAUCACCCCAUCACACCUUUUUAUUUAUCACCCAUCACACCUUUUUAUUUAUCACCCCAUCACACCUUUUAAUAUCACCCCAUCACACCUUUUAAUUUAUCACCCCCAUCACACCUUUUUAUUUAUCACCCCAUCACACCUUUUAAUUUAUCACCCCAUCACACCUUUUAAUUUAUCACCUCAUCACACCUUUUAAUUUAUCACCCCCCAUCACACCUUUUAAUUUAUCACCCCAUCACACCUUUUAAUUUAUCACCCCAUCACACCUUUUAAUUUAUCACCCCAUCACACCUUUUAAUUUAUCAUCCCAUCACACCUUUUUAUCCAUCUGAACUGAAUGAUAUAGAAGCAUCAUAACAAGGUCCUGGGACAACCAGAGACUAUGGCAGAGUUAGGAUUGGUCACAUUCCCCUGUGGUGAGGAGUGGAAACACAUUUUCAACGGUUUUCCUUAACAUCGUGAUCAGUGAAAUGUAUGACCCAAGAUUAUCAAGGCCUAAGAUCAUGAACACAGUCUGGACAACUUCCU